AUGGAUGAUCCAGACGAUAGCUGUUGGAGUUGGCCGCAUUGGAAGUUUGGCUUGAAGAGGGAGGACCUCUUCACCAAGCUGCACGAGCAGUACAACACAAUACCGUCUUCGAUACAAGACCCCGAGGCAUUCCACCACGACGUCUACGAGAUCUCGCACGAAGCGAAUUCCGCUGACGAGUUUCAUCGUUUGCUCGAGGACCGCAAGCGACAGCGUCUCCGCGAAUUGAAUGACUCCCUAGAAUCCGCUUCGUUCGAAAUCAUUGCGAACCCUUCUCUCAUCGGCACCGAGCAGUGGCAACAUGCCGUGCAGCUCUUCCGCACGAGAUCGCUAGAUUCUCUCGUCCGUUACUUUGCAUCAUACCUACCCCAGGACCACCCAUGGUACAAAGCUCCGUCUUCAGCCUCGGCGUCCGAUGCCGGCAGCAGUGUCGGCUCGAUGACCAGCUCUCACGGCUCCCUGUUCGACGACGAUGAUGGUCCCAUCAUGACCGACGAGCCUUUGGAGUACUCGACCGCACUAUCGAUCUUGCCUCCUUCUCCUCGGUCCAUGACGAUGUGCUCAGAUUCGUCCGUUGCUUCGCCGAUUGAUGAUGCACAUUGCAACUACGGCUCCGACCCUUUGACACCGGCGCGCACGUUGUCAUUCUCUGAAUCCGAGCCCGAUUGCUGUCCCCUGCCAGAAUCCCACUCGCAUAGUUCACAUGACGAAGCAUCUCAAGCAGUCAGUGCUAAACCUGCAGCUGCGCCGAUGAUUUCCAAGGUGGACAUCACCUCGCCACAAACAAAAACAAGCCCCAAAAAAUAUCACCAUCACGUCCCCAUACAAGUGCAAUCGCCAGUCGAUGCCUCAGAAUCCUCGACACCGACACCGAAACCCGAAGGGCAGUCCACAGCGUUCUUCGACACCAAACCCUGUCUGCAACAUCGUCGGCACCGGAGUCUCUCCCCGUCACACCCACAUCCUCUCUCCGACCGUGAGCUCGAUUACAUCUACACCGCGCAUCAUCGCGAUCCACGGAAUUCACAACUGUCGAGAGUCAAACGGGAGUGCAGUCCCGUGGUGCAAAGGACUAGGAGAAGUCCUGGCGAGCCAGCGAGUAGGAUACAGAAACCCUUGCCUGAAACCUCACGGUCAAGACCUAGAGGUAGAAGAUGGGUCGAUUCAGGUUGCUAA